UUGUGAAAACGUAGUUCGAACAGACCGGUAUCUGACUUUUAAUAUUUUGUCCUUUUAUCAUUGUUGGUUUCUUUUAUCUUGAAUGCUGAUUCGCAUGGUAUAUUCGUUUAUCAUAGUUAGCUGUAAUCGGGAAUGAUGAUGUCCCCAGGAUCGCCAUUCGCUGCCGAAGACGACAGUAUCAUAAAACAACUAAUAUUCAGUGACAGUGAAGAAACUGAUGACCAUGGUGACGAUUCAGUUCCACCUGCAUUAUACACAUCUUCUCCAGUAAAAACAGCAGGAAGCAGCCGGAUCGAAGCAAAUACGAGUUUGUCAUCGGGGAGUGAUGAAGAUCGUCUCAAUUCAUCAACCGAUUCAAUGACGAAUAUGAAUAUAAGUAUGAAAAGACCCGCUUUGAGACAGAUACGAUCCAAUGAAGACACUACACCCCCCUACCGAAAAGUGAGGGCCUUGAGACUCUUCGGGUCGCCGAAGUCUCCUAAAACUCUAUUGAUACGGUCCGAACUGUCAACAGUUGAAUGCAAUAGGACAAAAACGAAACUGUUUGCAACGGACAAAAAUCACAAUUUACUUCAUACAAGAAAUACGCCGAUCACAUUUCGAUCGCCACAGUUAGAAGCGAAUAUUAAUCCUUUCUAUACUUUUGAUAUAUUGCCAACUUCUUUGGGAAAGAGACGACGUGAUGAUAGCGGACUAAACGAGACUUUGAAUGAGUCUUCAGAAAAAAGUGACAAUGAAUUGGAAAAUGAAAUUCAGCCUACAAAGCGUUUUCAUUCAGCAACGGUUCCAUCUCGCUAUGAAUCUGAGUUCCUUGAGAUUGAAGAGAUUGGAUCUGGAAUGUUCGGUAGCGUUUACAAGUGCAUCCAUCGCUUGGAUGGCUGUUUGUAUGCUAUUAAAAAGUUGAAGAAACCCCUUAAAGGCACUUCUGAUGAGCGUGCAGCUUUAAAAGAAGUGUAUGCUCAUGCUGUAUUAGAUCAUCAUAAGCAUGUUGUACGAUAUUAUUGUGCCUGGGCUGAAAAUGGCCAUAUGUUAAUUCAGAACGAAUACUGUAAUGGUGGUACUCUAGCCCAAGCAAUUGAAGAAAGACUGAAGAAAAAUGAACGUUUUCCUGAAGCAGAAGUGAAACGCAUACUUCUCCAUAUUGCACAGGGUUUACGCUACAUACAUUCCUUGAAUCUAGCUCAUUUAGAUAUUAAACCUGGUAAUAUCUUUAUUUCUAAGAAAAACAGGCCUGUCCCAAUAUCACCUACAUCUUCUUCUGAUGAUGGUUUUGAAGAUGGUGAAUAUGAUGAUGAUCUCACUUAUAAAAUAGGGGAUUUAGGUCAUGUCACAUCCACUGCUAAAGUUCCUGAUGCACUAGAUGAAGGAGACUGUCGAUACAUGCCUGCUGAACUCUUGCAGGAUAAUUAUAAACAUUUGCCAAAAGCUGAUAUAUUUGCUCUGGGACUAACUAUAUAUGAAGUGUGUGAUGGAGGACCAUUACCAAAGAAUGGUGAUGAAUGGCAUUCCAUUAGAGAAGGACAUUUACCAUAUCUUCCAUAUUAUUCCAAAGAAUUGAACAAGCUUCUUAAGCAAAUGAUACACCCUGAUCCUGAACUACGACCCACUAGUGCAGCCUUAGUCCAUGAUAAGACUUUGGUUCCAUAUGGUCGCAAAACCAAAGAGCAAUUACACAAAGAAUUGGCAGCUGAGCAACAGAAAAACCAUUUACUUUCAAUACAACUUCAAGUGGCAACAGAAUUAAAUCAGUUAAAUGAUGAAUGCAACAAAAAACGCUUGACCAGGUUGGUUGGAGGAAAAGUGAAUCGCAGCAGCAGUGUCACAAUUUUUUGAACCAGUUCCAGAGUUUUUAGAUGCUAAACCACUCUUCAUAUGUAAAUAAAAUUUCACAGUUAUUUUGAUAAAUGCAAUUUGAAUGUUCAUGUGCCUUAAUUGUUACAUUUGAAAAUAUCAAUAUUUGUACUUUAAUAUACAUUCCCCAGGUUCCAGCCUGUUUGACAAUUCUUUUGAAAUAUAUAUUUAUUCAUCUUGCAUUUUGUACAUAAUAGUUGUUAAGUGGACUUGUUCAUAUAAAUAUUUUCUUUAAUUGAUAAAAUGUGUUUUAGAUCUUUGCAAUUAUUUUAAUGUAGUUAGCAACAAAAUCAACUUAAUUUUUUUUAUAAUCUUCAAUACCAUAUUUCUAAUGUUGCAUUUUAUUUUAACUGCUUUCAAACUGGAUAUUUAAUUUUCAGUAAAAUAAGAGUAAAGUAUUGCAUGCUUUUCACAUUUAGAGUGCCAUUUUAUUCGUUCCUAAGUAGGUUGUAGUUUUGAUUGCUUUUAUAUCGUGCCUUCAAAGUGAAGAAAAAUUGACGAACAGAAAAAAUAUCCUGUUUUGGGUAUUUGCUCUUCAUAUAUAUUUUAUCAGAAAUGCAAAAAGUCUCUGGUUUUAAAUAAUUUUACAGUAUUUAAUUUGUAGUAUUUGUGUGCCAAACAUUUUUUUAUGCAUGAUUUGAAUACAAAAAAAUAUUGAGUAUUUUUUAAAUUUGUUAGUUGAACAUUUUGUUUGCCUAUUUGUUUGAUAAAAUCAAACUAUAUUUUCCAAUGCUUUUUUUUUGUUAUCUUGUUUUAAAUCAAGUUUUAUAAAAUUGUAAAUUUGAUAAAAUGAUUUAAAUCAAGUAUUAAUGACUAUAAUCGAUUUCAUUACUUAUUCUAAAUAAAAACGAAACAAACCCUUAGAUUUAUAUAAUUGGUAAGCAUACCAAUAAACAAAGAGAAAAUCUUGCAUGAAAUUCAGAACUUUACUUAGAUUAAGUAAAAACUUAUUUAUAUUAAGAGAUCUUGAAGAUUAUGCAGAGUGGUAUAAAUAAGCUCGGCUCAUAUAAAGAUGUUACGGUACGCUGAAAGUUUUUCAAUGUGUAAGUAUGUAAAAAUUGUAAUAUUUUGUACAUAAAUUUCGGUUUUUGAGAUUGUGAUAUAAAUUUUUUAACUGAUUCUUUUCAAUUUGAAAAAUUUAAUAUAUGUUUAAAAUAGCUGAAAAUGAUAAAUAUGCAAUACCUAUUUUUCCCUACUCUAUAAUUACUAAAUACUGUAAAGUAGUGUUAAUAUAAACAUUUCAUGCUUAAAAAUUGGGAAAUAAUUUCUAGCCAUCUAGCAAAAUGAUUUUAUUGGAAUUCGAAUCUAAAUAUUUCUGGUUCUACUGAGUUAAUAAUAAUUCAUUAUUCUAUUUGGAACAGUGUGAAUGACAUGCCAUUUGGUUGGUAAAAUGUUUUAAUUAAAGAUAGUGUUGAAAUGCAUUAAUAUUUUCUAAGAUUAUUAAAAAUCUUGAAGAGGGUUUUAACAAAAUCUCUUACUAAACAAAUUUUUUAAUUAUUGUGGUAAACUUGUCUAUGAUCAUAACAUGCAUAAAUGUUCUCAUGUGUUUUCUAAUAUUAAAACUCAGAAUUUUGUUUCUAUUCACUUUGCUUUACAGUAUGAAUUUUUAUAGCUAAUAAUCAUGUAUUAAAAACCCAA